CUGUGACCUACAGCUCACGGUGACGCGGGACACUUAACCCACUGAGGGAGGGCAGGGAUCAAACCCGAAUCCUCAUGGAUACUAGUCCGAUUUGUAAACUGCUGAGCCACGAAGGGAACUCCAGGAAUGUGCAGUUUUCACAAGUAACAUCUUGUCUGUCCUACCCCAGGGUAGGAGAGCAGUGAUUCAGCAAAUAUUCAUCAUGCCGGGCACUGCAAUAGCCUCUGAACUCACCAAGUGAACCAGACAGACGGGCCCCCCCUCCGGGGAAUGAGAGUCCAGCUGGGAAGACAGACGGAUGGGUCAACCAACAAGGGUUGUGGUGAGGGAAGGAGGGGGGCCUGGAGGAACUAAUUUCUCCCUGCUUCUUUCCAGAUAAGAAGGGGAAUGUGACCUUAAGGUUUACCCCACGGAUGCUGGACAAUUAGGAUGCUGCUACUUAAACGAAAAAGGGUCUCAGGGUCUCCUGGAAAGGGUGGAAACCUGAUUCUACGUGAUGGUAAAAAUCCUUCUUCUCUCAUUCUGUCUCUUGUUCCUCUCGUUGCAUUUUAUUACAAUGUGCCUGUAAGUUAUCUUAUGCUGUCUUCUGAGAGGGAAAAGUUGUUUCCAUAGCCAGAAUGAAUCUGUCUUGUCCUCGGAUGUGAAUGGCUCUCACGAGAACCCCCGGACAUUCAGUGACAUGUGUUGGCUGCAGCUGAAAGAAUAAUGGUCAUUUACUGAUGCUUACGUGCCCUGCCCUGGGGCGGGCGUUUUUACACUGUCUCUCGUGGACGAGCCUUUUAAUCCAUCCCUGAGAAGCAGAUAAGACCGUCACCUUCAUUUUGCCAAUGAGAAGCCUGAGCCCUGGGGGCUUUCAGUGACUUGAAGGGUCCCUGCAAACAGCAAAAGAGAAGGAAGAUGCCAAUUCGGACUUGAGCAGCUCCAGACGCCAGGAGAGGACAUAGCUGCAGCCUGGCGCGGCGAGCCUCCGUGCUUGGCCCGAGCGUGGGUACAUGGUAGGACUGAGGUGCCAGGAGGCUUAAGGGAGAAACGUGGUGAAGCCUCUUCGCAACCACCAGCAGGUCUGGCCUCUCCCAGGAGCGACUCGGAUCUCCGGCUCCAGGAAGAUCUUCACUCGGACCCGCGCUCCACGCGGCAACAGGUUCCCGGGCGCCAUUGAACGCUCUGCGCUUGCGCCGUCUCCGGGUCUCAGGACUUCCCGGCGUCUGCGUGAACAUCCGGGUCAUAGCCUCUGAGGGCCAAUGAGCAGAGGUUCCUUGAGCCAGGGGGCGGGGAGAAGGCGGAGCAUCAUGGCCGCCCCCUGUCCGCAGUGGCGGGGGCCUUGUGGGUCUGGCACCAACGUGUAGCGCCGCCACCGGAGGCCCGCCCUCUGCUCUCACCAGCCGAGCUUUGGUUGGGUCCUGGCAGCUCUGGGAGGCAGCGCCGGAGAGUGAGCCAUGGGGACGGUGCACGCCCGGAGCCUGGAGCCUCUUCCAGCCAGUGGACCCGAUUUCGGAGGAUUAGGAGAAGAAGCUGAAUUUGUGGAAGUUGAACCUGAAGCAAAACAGGAAAUUCUUGAGAACAAGGAUGUGGUUGUUCAGCACGUCCACUUUGACGGCCUUGGAAGGACCAAGGAUGACAUCAUCAUGUGCGAAAUUGGAGACGUUUUUAAGGCCAAAAACCUCAUCGAGGUCAUGAGGAAAUCCCAUGAAGCCCGUGAGAAGUUGCUUCGUCUAGGAAUAUUUAGACAAGUGGACGUCUUGAUUGACACGUGUCAAGGUGACGACGCGCUUCCCAACGGGUUAGACGUCACCUUCGAAGUGAUGGAACUGCGGCGACUGACGGGCAGUUACAACACCAUGGUCGGGAACAACGAGGGCAGCAUGGUGCUUGGCCUCAAACUCCCUAAUCUUCUAGGCCGUGCAGAGAAGGUGACAUUUCAGUUUUCCUACGGAACAAAAGAAACUUCGUACGGCCUGUCCUUCUUCAAACCACAGCCCGGAAACUUCGAGAGAAAUUUCUCGGUGAACUUAUACAAAGUUACCGGGCAGUUCCCCUGGAGCUCCCUGCGCGAGACAGACAGAGGGGUGUCGGCCGAGUACUGUUUCCCCGUGUGGAGGAGCAGCCACACCGUCAAGUGGGAGGGCGUGUGGCGCGAGCUGGGCUGCCUGUCCCGGACCGCGUCGUUCGCCGUCCGCAAGGAGAGCGGGCACUCGCUCAAGUCGUCUCUCUCGCACGCGAUGGUCCUCGACUCUCGGAACUCCUCCAUCUUACCGCGAAGGGGCGCUCUGCUCAAAGUUAACCAGGAGCUGGCGGGCUACACCGGAGGGGACGUGAGCUUCAUAAAAGAAGAUUUUGAACUUCAGUUGAACAAACAGCUCAUAUUUGAUUCAGUCUUUUCCGCAUCCCUCUGGGGUGGAAUGUUGGUGCCCAUUGGCGACAAGCCGUCGAGUAUUGCCGACAGGUUUUACCUCGGGGGACCCACGAGCGUGCGCGGCUUCAGCAUGCACAGCGUUGGGCCGCAGAGCGAAGGAGACUACCUGGGUGGAGAGGCGUACUGGGCCGGCGGCCUGCACCUGUACACCCCGUUACCUUUCCGACCCGGCCAGGGCGGCUUUGGAGAGCUCUUCCGAACGCACUUUUUUCUCAACGCCGGAAACCUCUGCAACCUCAACUAUGGCGAGGGCCCCAAAGCUCACAUUCGCAAGCUGGCUGAGUGCAUCCGCUGGUCCUACGGGGCCGGGAUCGUCCUCAGGCUGGGCAACAUCGCCCGGCUGGAGCUGAACUACUGCAUCCCCAUGGGCGUGCAGGGCGGCGACAGGAUAUGUGACGGCGUCCAGUUUGGAGCUGGGAUCAGGUUCCUGUAGCCGAUGCUGAGGCCUCCGGCCCCUCCAGGAGCAACUUGCGGACUGGGCAGCAGUGAGUCACUUGGUGCCACACGCUUUGUCUCCAAACGACCGCAGUCCUUGUGGGAAACCACGUCAAUAAAUUUUAAAGACAAACACUCAA